UGAAAAUUUUCGCCCAUAGCAAAGAGAGAAGUCCAAACGAUAUCGAUCCGUAUCGCGGUUAUUUGUGAUAAAUAUUUACAGAAAAGAGGAAUUAGAGCCUUUUUCUUGAUCAGGUCGCGUCGAUAAAAGCGACUCUGAUUCCGUGAAGGAGCUUUUUUUUAGCUCCGGUUUUUGUCUUUGUAAAUCGUUUCAGACAGGAGGGGGAUGAGGCUGCAGUCGAAGUCAAGACUAUCUCUGGAUUUUAUGUCGCUUUUACUCGGACAAAGCUGCAGUUUUUCAACGAAUCUUUCUAUAAGAGUACAUACAGAAAGUAGGAGAUGUCCCUUGCGACCGUUAGAUAGUGAAAAACACUGAAUUUUUUGGUUCAAAGAAACGCGAAAAAAAAAAAAAAAUCCAGGCGACAUUGUUACCCGUUUCUGCUGCAGCAGUUUACAUUGUAACCUUAAGGGUCAAACCGAGCGACUUGACAUUACAUCGACUUUCUUAGUCCGCUUUUUUCUUAAAGAUAAUUUGGGACGAAAAAUUAAGCAAUGAAGCUGUUGGAGAACUCGAGCUUUGAAGCGCUCAGCUCUCGGCUGUGUGUGGAAACUGGAGACUCGCACAUCCUCGGCAGGAUCGAGAGUUAUUCGUGCAAGAUGGCCGGCGAUGACAAGCACAUGUUUAAGCAGUUCUGUCAGGAGGGGGAGCCACAUGUGCUGGAGGCUCUUUCACCUCCGCAAACCAGCAGCGCUCCGAGCCCUAACCUGUUGGGGAAGAGUGGCGAUGAAGUGGAGAACCCACUAAGCGACAAGUGCUGCAGGAAGACUCUGUUCUACCUCAUCACCACGCUAAACGAAUCGUUCCGUCCCGAUUACGACUUCAGCGCCGCCCGAGCCCACGAGUUCAGCCGCGAGCCAAGCUUCAACUGGGUGGCCACUGCUGUCAAUAGCAGCCUGUACUCAUCUGUAGGCGAGGAGUUUAACACUCUUGGUCCAGAGCUUUGGAACGCCAUUGAUCAGGAGAUCAACCUGCAGAGCUGUGACAUUUACAGCUAUAACCCGGAUUUAGAUUCAGACCCUUUUGGUGAAGAAGGCAACCUGUGGUCCUUCAACUACUUCUUCUACAACAAGAAACUGAAACGCAUUGUGUUCUUCACCUGCCGAUCUGUCAGUGUUCUCAGUAGCUACGGUCGUGGUUGCCUUGACAACGAGCUGGACAUGGAGCUGGAUGAUGAUGAGGAGGAAGUAGAUGGCUUUAAUGAGGACAGGUUCCCCCGAGCCCUGUGUGUGUAAAUCCAGCUCGAUCAUCAGCUAACAAGAUGUCGCCUUUUCUCUGCUCAUUUGUGGAACCUUUCCUGGAUCUACUAAUGGAUUUCAUUUAUCUGGGCUAUAUAGCCAUUAAAGUUUGGAUAUUCUGAAAUAGUCAUUGUAGUCAGAUUUUCUAUGUAUGCAUAUGGAAGGCUCUUUGGACACUGGAGACCCCUUGUGGACAUUCUGGAAAUGUCAAGGAGGUUCAAAACAAGAUGGCUGUUUGGCUUGCAUCUUCACAUGAGCCUGAACUCUAGAUUAUUUUUCUCUUCAUGUCUGAUUUUUCACAGGAAAUGAUGUCAGUACAUCAAUAUAUCCUACAUACACCAGCAGUUAAUAUGGGAGGGGCUUGUCAUAGUUACCUAAUGACGUCUGUUCAGUCGUGUGUAAAAAUAAGGCCUGUGAUUUGUGUCUCUUCUGUUCAGCAUUUUUACUGAUCUGUCUUUAUAUUAUCGUGUUCACCUUGUGAUGUUUUUUUUUUUUUUUUUUAAUAUAUAUAUAUUUUAACUGUGUGGACUUUUUUUUUUUUUUUUUUUUAAUUCAAAGAUUUCACCAGAAUGGCUUUUAUCGCACUGAAAGAAUCUUAUGAAUGUUUCUCGGGGAACCUUCAUGUGUGACUGAUGCUGUGAUGUGAAACAGAGGCCUGCAGGAGUCUGGACUGUUUCUCAGAAAUCAAGGGCAUCCUUUAUAAAACUUUUGUACGCGAUCAGAUUUGAUUCUAUUCACUUUGCAUUAAAGGUGACGUGCAAGUUGCUUAUAAAACCUGAAACCGAUGUGAACCUUUAUGAUUUCUGAAAUGUGAUGUAAAUGUUUCUUUUACGUACACAAACAGAAAUAAACCCAGUGUGGAUGAAUUUA